UGUAAUUAACUCGAAUUCCAAUACAAUUUUGGCAUGUACAACUCGGCCAAGCAGUUGCAGCGUGUGCUGACGGCGCGCGAGAUUCGAAAAACAUUCAUAGACUUCUUCACCGUCAACCAUGAGCACAAAUUCGUGCGCUCCAGCCCCGUGGUGCCCUUCUGUGAUCCGACGGUGGCGUUUGUCAACGCUGGCAUGAAUCAGUUCAAGUCUGUGUUCCUUGGCACGGCGGCGGCUCCCCACAAGCGGGUGGUGAAUUCCCAGAAAUGCGUACGGGUGGGAGGAAAACACAACGAUCUCUCUGUGGUCGGCCAGGAUGGCUAUCACCACACGUUCUUUGAGAUGCUGGGCAACUGGUCCUUUGGGGACUACUUCAAGCAAGAGGCCUGCGCUAUGGCCCUUGAGCUGCUCCGCGGGCCAUACAACAUCGAUCCUGGACGUUUGUAUGUCACGUACUUCGCUGGCGACAAGCUGCUGGGCAUACCGGCGGAUAUGGAAUGUUUCGAGAUUUGGCGCAGCCUGGGCUUUCCCGCCUCGCGUAUUCUGCCCUUUGGCUGCAAAGACAACUUCUGGGAAAUGGGCGCUACUGGACCCUGCGGCCCCUGCACUGAGAUACACAUAGACCAUCGUCCAGAGCUGGGCAGCGUCGCGGAUCGCGGUAAGCUCGUAAAUGCAGGCCGCUCGGAUCUCACAGAGCUGUGGAAUCUCGUCUUCAUACAGUACAAUCGCAAUCCCGAUGGCAGCAUCUCCCAGUUGCCCGCUCACCAUGUGGACACGGGCAUGGGAUUUGAGCGUUUGGCUGCCAUUCUGCAAAGCAAAUCCUCAAACUACGACACGGACCUGUUCAGCCCGCUCUUCGAUGGCAUUCAGCAGCUGUCCAAGGCCCCAGUCUAUGGCGGCAGCUUCCCAGAAACCUCAAAUGCAGCUCUCCUGGACACAAGCUACAGAAUACUUGCCGAUCAUGCUCGCAUGGUCACUGCCUGCCUUGCCGAUGGAAUGCUGCCAGAUCAGAAUCAGAAACUACGACGCGUCUUGCGGAAGGCCCUCAACAUCUCGGAGCAUGUUUUUGCCCAUGAAAAGCUGCUCUCCCAAUUGGUUCCUAUUGUGGUGGAGACUCUGGGCGAAGCCUACCCGGAGAUGUCUGCCAAGCAAGAGGCAGUCAUCGAUCUGAUUAAUCACGAACAUGACGUGUACAAGAAUCUGCGUGAGAGCUCCUCGAAAGCCUUUGCCGAGGUCCUGACCGAGUUCCCCAAUCUGGACGACAUUGACUUGAUGGAAUGCCCAGGAUUUGUUCCCGCCUAUCGGGAGUUCCAGGUGCAGCGCAGCAAGUUCCCUAACAACACGAUUCCCGGCGACUUCCUCUACAAGCUGACGGACACCUAUGGCUUGACCGAAGAGAGCUUCCUCAAGCUGGCCGAGCUGGAGAACAUGAACUGUGAUUUGGACCGUUAUCGAGCAGAGGUCUCGCUGGCCAAAAUCAAGUCCAAGGAGAGCCAACGCGAGGACGGGGGCAUCUGCGAUGUGGCGCUAGAACAACGCAUUUCUGAGGCUCAGGCGACGCUUACAAAGCGCCUGCGACCCACAGACAAUAGUCACAAAUAUGUCUAUUCCUUUGAUAGCGAGAAUGAAUCCUACAAGAUUCCCACUCUACGCAGUCGAGUGGUAGGCAUGCUACUCAACGAUGCGGAAGUAUCACGCACCCAAGGCAGCCGGCUCCAGGACACCUCCGAUACCCUUUCAAUUGUCACCGCCGCCAGCAAUUUCUACUACGAGUCUGGCGGACAACAGUCCGAUGCUGGCCAGAUUCUUGUCAGCAAUGCGCACAAGCCGGAGCAACCGCACCAUCUCUUGAAUGUGAUCCGUGUGAAGCAUCUCAAUGAUUGCGUGGUUCACGUGUGCCGCUUGGCCGCCCCCGCAGAUGACCACUUUGAGGUGGCCAUUGGUGAUGAAGUUGAGCUGCAAGUGGAUUCUGGAACAAGGCAACUGAACACAUGCCAUCACACAGCCACUCACCUGCUGAAUGCCGCCAUCCGAUCGCUGUUCAACAAGGUCACCUACCAGGUCUCCAGCUCCGUCACCAGCGAGCAGUGCAAACUGGAACUGGGAUUGCUGGGCAAGCGGAUACAAAAAGCAGAUGUCCAGCUCAUCGAAGAUCUGAUCAAUCGAAUUAUCUGCUCUGCCACGACCGUCCAAGUUGAACUUGUGAGUGCCGCCGAUGUUCUCCAGGAGAAUGAUAUUACGAUGGUGCCUGGGGAGGUUUACCCGGAGCAGGGACUGCGUCUGAUCAGUGUGCAGUGCCCAGAUAUGCAGCUUAGUUCCAAGGAGCUGUGCUGCGGCACUCAUGUGACCAACACCAGCGAGCUCUCCUGUUUCUGUAUUGUCAAUUUAAAGCAGACAAACAGGGCGCGCUUUGCCUUCACCGCUGUGGCUGGCCAGGCGGCGGAGAAUGUGCUCAAGACAGCAGCCUUGCUGCGCCAUCGCGUAGAUAUGCUCGAACAACAGUUCCAGACUGAUAAGCUCACAAAUGCCACCGAAGUAGAGUUGCAGACCAUCCGCCAUAAUAUGCUGCACACGGACAUCAAGCUGCCAUAUGCCUUCAAAAUGGACACGCUGGAACGCAUCCAUGACAUGCUGAAGAGGAUCAAGGAGACAUCCCGCACAACCCUCAAGGAAUUUGUCGAAGUAGAGAUGCGCAACCUGCUGCAGGAGAAACCUGUGGACACCCACCCCUUUAUUUUGCACUACAUAACCAGCUCCGCUUUGGUGGAAGAGAUCCCCCUGCAGCGCGCCACCAAGCUCUGUUCGGAUCGCCCCAUUCUGGUGGUCAGUAUGUGUGAUAGCGUUGUGAAAGCACGCUGCUGUGUACCGCAGAACAGCGUCAACCAAGAGUUCGAUGCGUCCUCCUGGCUGCAAUCUUUUGCCGCCACAUUUGGGGGUCAAGUGGCCGCGCCCAAGGGACAGAAUCCGAAGAUCGUGUGUAACAUGAAGGGCCGUAAGGUAAGCAAUCUCUUUGAAGAGCAAUUGGAGCAGGCCCUGGCGAAGGCCCAUCAGUAUGCUAAGCUUUAUUUCAAGUUGUGAUCACCCUCCCCAAAAAAUAAGAAGAGAUAAGCGCAAGCUCCAAGAUUU